AUAGAAGUUGCAGUAUUAUUGAGGAUCUCACUGAAACAUGGAAGUGUUUUUUUUUUUUUUAGAUCUCACCAUCUAGUUCGGUUCAUUCAAGGAAUGUCAACGUCAUGUAUGUUUUAAAUAUACGAUUUGAAUCCACUAGACUCUUCAGUAUGCUCGAUUGAAAGAUUUUUCAAAAGUUUAUCGCACCUUUUUGGAUACUAAUGGAAGAUGAAGAUAAAACCGCAGGUGAAGCCGAUCCAGUACUGGGAAAACAUUUUGUAUUCAAAGUUUAUAAGAGGAGGUGGUUCAUUUUGUUCGUGCUGUGCGUAUUAAAUUGCUCGAACUCUAUGUUAUGGCUGACCUUUGCUCCAGUGGCGGAUCAGUCAGCCCAGUUCCUGGGAGUCACGGUGGACCAGGUUAACUGGCUGUCCCUAGUUUACAUGGUGGUAGCCAUACCGCUCAGCUUCGGCACCACCUGGAUGCUGGACACCCUGGGGCUCCGAAUCGCACUGUUGCUGGGCUCCUGCCUCAACGUGCUGGGGGCUGUGCUGCGAUUUGUGGCCACACUGACGGGUGUUCCCAGGGCAGCCGUUUUCCCCGUGGUGAUGGGGGGCCAGACCUUGUGUGCCCUGGCCCAGCCCCUGGUCAUCUUCACGCCCACCAAGUUGGCAGCGCUCUGGUUCCCUGAGCAUCAGCGGGCGAGUGCCAACACGAUAGCCUCCAUGUCAAACCCCCUAGGGAUUCUUGUUGCCAGCAUCUUAAGCCCUCUGACCAUGGGGGGAAAUACCAAAAACUUCUCUUUGUUGCUGUUCAUAUAUGCUGUGCCGGCAGCGGUGGCCUUUCUCCUGGCGGCCGUAGGGAUCCGUGACAGAGCCCCCCCAACACCGCCAUCAGCCAGCGCCGAAAGUUCCACCUCGGAGCCUUUCCUGAACGGGGUCAAGCUGCUGCUGAGGAACAAGGCGUACAUGAUUCUCCUCCUCUGUUUCGGCUCGGGUAUUGCCGUGUUCACCUGCUUCUCCACACUGCUGGAGCAGAUCCUGUGUGUCCGAGGGUACACUAAUAGCUUUGCAGGACUGUGUGGAGGUCUCUUCAUUGUGUUUGGCAUCGUUGGUGCCGGCAUCUUGGGAAUCUACGUCGACAAGACCAAGAAGUUCACAGAGGGAACCAAGGUCAAUCUGAGCCUGUCAGCACUGGCCUGCAUCGCCUUUUCUCUGGUAUCUCAGAUGUGGAAUCAGGAAAUAGCCGUGGCCUCUGCUUGCUCGCUCUUUGGCUUUUUCGGCUUCUCCAUUUACCCAGUUGCUAUGGAGUUGUCUGUGGAGUGUUCCUACCCGGUUGGAGAGGGCACCUCAGCAGGCCUCAUCUUCAUAUCAGGACAGAUCCAGUCAGUUAUCUACAUACUGCUUCUUCAGGGUUUGACCAAACAAAUGGCUGACUCGUCCCUAUCUACCUGUUCUGCUGGAGGCGGCGCAACCUUGAGUUGGAGGGUGUCUGUGCUGGUGAUGGCAGGUCUAUGCAGUGUUUUUACCUGCAUUUUCGUUAUCUUCUUUCACACGGAGUACAGGCGACUGGACGCCGAGGCACAGGCUGCCUGGAAAGAGAAAGUGCUGACAACCACCAACAGUACCUCCAGCUCUGACGACAUGGCGAGUUCUGAUCAUAAGGACCGACAGGCCGUAGGUUUAACGACCGGCUAACUAAUUGGCGUUACUUCAAUAACACGCAAACUCUCUGAGGAAGCCAAGCACAUUGACUCACCAAUACAUUCCUUAAUAUUUUAAGUAUUAUUUAUAAUAUGGAAAAUUUUAUUUUUAUUGAACAGAUACAGUACAUAAUCACUAUUCCAAGGAAAAGAGUCUCAAAGGGUUGUAGUUAUGUAACUAAGAGGUUAUUUCUGCAUUUGCCAUACUUCGUGAAGUGCAUGAUUGCAUGUUCACAAUAGAGAUUUUACUUUAACGAUGGUAGUGAAUGGAUAUUUAACCAGUUUGAAAUAUAAAACCUUGUAUGCACCUUUGGACCGCAUCACAUUAUAGUUGAGGUAAUAUCUAGUCCGUGUAUUGAGUCACAUGAAGCCUGUUCUUCAAUUGACUGGCAUUGAAAGAGACUGUAAGAGAACUGUGAUGGUGCAGAAAGACUAAAUAUGUGGGAUUCAGUUCAUCAAAACAUUCCCAUUAUUUAAAUGUCGGUACCACCUUCUAUGCAUUCAAUUGUACAGUUCGGUUAUGCGAGUGCUGUUAUGUAAAGAUGCUUUGUAUUAAACGAAGUAUUUUAUAAUGCAAUUCAUGUCAGUCAUUGGUUUUCUGUCCUUGAAAAGGGCUGAAUUUAGGCAAAAACACCAAAAUAAAGGCUUUAAAUUGCA